AUGGAGAAGCAGACUAUGCAGGUACGGGAGGUGCUGAGCGAGCGCGAGGCGGAGAUCACGGGUCCGGAGCCGUUGACCCCUGAGGCGCAAGCAAAGGCGCAGGCGCAGGAGGACAUUGUGUCACAUUUGUUGCCUGCGAUGAUAUCGAGGUUUAAGGCCGUGAGGAUCAUGCAGCUGCAUGCGAUCGGGCCUGGGGAAGUGCUUGAUGGUCAGCAUAUGGCCCAAAAAGAGUCGCGGUACAAGGAACAGGUCGACAAGCUCGAGCUCGAACUGGCCCAAGUACAGCGGUCGCAUGAUGCGCCCACGACCUUGUCUCGCGACCAGACUAUCAAUAGCUUUACUGCGGUCGAAGACCUCCACGCGAAGCAUGAAGAUACCGCACGCAAGCUCGAGCAGGUUCAAGCUAAGGAGACUGAGUUGAAAAACAUCGAGAAGACCAAGGCUGAGCAUGCUGCCGCCGUUGAAGCCUUGAAGGGACAAGAUGCAGGGGCUCUAAAGGUCAAAGGCGAGGAGGUGGACGCACUUAUGACCACGCUCAAGGAAGAGAACGAAUCUAACGCCACCUCUUUCCGUUCCGAGCUCUCUGAAGCAUCGGCUACCCUCGAGAAGCCUCACCAGGAGCGCGAAGAGGCGUGUGGCAAGCUGCAGAAGGAGUACGAGGAGGCACUGUCGAGCGCCGACGGCAGGACGCCAAGGAGUCAAGCUUUCAAGUUCCGAAUUGAAGUGGAGGCGCUCAAGGCCAAGGACGAACAGAUCAGCACGGACAUGAGCCGUCCCGAAGAGUAUUACAACGAGCUCACCGAGCUCCGGACAUCUCACGGCGAGGCGACGCAGAAGCGGGCGUUUAUGGAGGACAUGAAUUUGAAGAAGGAGCUUGCAAUUCUGCAGGAGGAGUCGGAGGAUAAGGCUGAGAAUGAGGAGGCUGCGAACCUCAGACGCUGA